AUGGCUCAAAAUAAUGCCUACUCUCUUCAACAUAUAUCUAUUAUCAAACUCGACCAAAAGAGCUUUGUUCUCUGGCGUUCUCAAGUUGUACCUGCUCUCAAAGGGUAUGGAUUCUUUGGAUUUGUCAAUGGAGAGAUCUCCCAGCUCCUAUUAAAAUCGAAAAAGCAUCGACUUCCACUGAGCUUCAGGCUUGGGAACAAUAAGAUCAACGUCGCAGGUGAAAACUGUAUUUCAUCUCAAUACCUCUGGGAAACACUUGAGCGACGUUUCGCUACUCAAUCCAAAGCUAGACUAAUGCAGCUCCGCCUUCAACUUCAAACUAUCAAAAAAGAAGAAUCAUUCAUGGAGUCUUAUCUCCAAGCUAUCAAGGUCAUAACUGAUAACCUUGCGGCUGCCGGGCAGCAAGUUGCAGACGAAGAUCUUAUUCUCUACGUUCUUGGCGGCCUUGGACCCGAGUAUGAAUCCCUUCUAGUUGUAGUCACUACACGUCCAGAUUCUAUUAAUGUCGACGAUUUUUCUGGAUUACUUCUCACACAUGAAAUUAGACUUGAGUCUCUCUAUGCCAACUCGCCAACUGCUAAUGUUGUAUAUAGUCGUCGCGGAACUUCAGCGACUAUGAAUCAUACGGAUAAAGGUGUAUUUUCUCCCUCUUUUGGAUCUGCUACUCGUCCAUCGACACCAGGUGCUUCUUUUCACUCACAACAGAGUGCCUCUACUACAUCUUCUAUUUUAGGCCAGCCAUCAAAUUUCUUUAAUUCAAGGACUGGCCCAUCUCGCCCUCAUCGUCCUUAUCGUGGUCCUCAAAAUCAAAAUCGGCCUAAAUGUCAAACAUGUGGUCGUUUUGGACAUCUCUAA